AUGGCGAUCAACUACGAGAAACUGAUGGCAUGGCCGUUCGAGGACGUUCGCCAUCGCUACACCCAGCGCGACACCAUGCUCUACGCACUGGGCGUGGGCCUGGGCACCGACCCGACCAACGAGACCGAGCUGCGCUUUGUCUAUGAAAAGAACCUGCUGGCGCUGCCCACGCUGCCGGUGGUGCUGGGCUAUCCCGGCAUGUGGCUCAAGGACCCGGCCACCGGCGUUGACUGGGUGCGGCUGGUGCAUGGCGAACAGGGCUUGCGCCUGCACCGGCCGGUGCCGCCCGAGGGUGAAGUGAUCGGGCGCACGCGGGUGAGCCAGAUCAUCGACAAGGGGCCGGACAAGGGGGCUCUGAUCUACACCGAGCGCACGGUGACGGACGCCACCAGCGGCGAACUGCUGGCCACGCUGACCUCGACCACCUUCUGCCGCGCCGACGGUGGCUUUGGCGGCCCGGCCGGGCCGGUCAAAACC